AUGGAAAGCAUAAUUAACGAGUACGGAACGGAAAGUGAGGGAGAAAGUAACGUCGGGAGCAUGAGCAACAAUGCUUUGACGUUAAACCAGCUUUCAACGAAUAAUACUACUCAAACAAAUAGCGUUGCUGCUGCUUCACACCUUGCUGCCUCUCAAAUAUCCAAAGUAGAAAAUCAACCACAAAAUACAACUUUAGUCCCUUCUGCCACUUCAUUUUUUAGUUUGGGAGAGAAAAGUGAUUUUAUCCCUCAACAACAACAAUUUGAAGUUAUAGAGGGAAAAUUGAAACCAAACGAACCAGAAAUUAUGCUACCACCCGGCACCAAAAUUCUUGAUGUUCCUUCUCGUAUUCUUUCCGCGAUAAAAGUUGCUCGAGAAAAAACUGAUAAUAAACGUGGACGAUUUAAUAAUAAUAGUUCGAUUCCUAAACGGCAAUUAUUUACACUUUCAAAAGAACAUAUAAAGGGCGUGAACGCCGUAAAAUGGUGUGGUGAAUUUGGACAGGUUUUGGCUUCUGCUUCUAUGGAUGGUACUGUGAGAAUCUGGGACGUGUUCAGAUCUAAAGAAUGCAUUAGAGUAAUUUCGCAUGAUGGAGCAGUAAAAGACAUACAAUGGAAUUCGGAGGGGAAAACUAUUCUUUCAUGUGGAUAUGAAAAGCUUGUCAAAUUGACCGAUUUAGAGACAGGAGCAACUAUUCAAUCAUUCUUGCACCCACAAUUUGUCACUUCGCUCCGUUUUAAUCCAUCGCAAUCAAAUGUGUUUGUCGCAGGAAUGACAAAAGAUGGACUUAUUUCAUGGGAUGUGCGAGCAAACAAAAUAAUAAAAGAGUUUCGAAAAUUUUGGGGUAGUGCCAAUGAUUUGGAAUUCUUUCCAGAUGGAAGUCAACUUCUUACUUGUUCUGAUUACGUGGUACGUAAUUCGGCAGAUAAGAACAUUGUUGUUUGGGAUGUUGGCUCAGCAACUGCUGUUUCUAAUCAAAUAUAUCAAGAAGCUUUUUCAUGUACGGCCUUAAGAAUCCAUUCCGCUCAAAAACAUUUUGUUGCUCAAUCCAAUGCCAAUUAUAUCGCAAUUUUUAGAUCAGAGAGUCCAUGGAGGCUGGAUAAACGGAAGCGAUUUGAAGGACAUCUAGUGAAUGGACAUCCAAUUAGAUGUAAUUUUUCUCUGGAACCUGAUAAUGGACGAUACCUGGUUUCAGGGGACUCGAAUGGCGCUAUAUUUUUCUAUGACUGGUCAACCUCAAAGAAUAUAAAAAGUAUUGAGAAUGCACAUCAAGGGCCCUGCACUGAUGUUAGCUGGCAUCCCGUUUUGGGUGGUACUGUGGCUAGCUGCGGAUGGGAUGGUAGAGUGUUAGUAUGGGGAUAA